AAAAACAAAGUAAACAAUCGAGCCUUUUGCUUGCUCACAUUUUGUCCAAUUUUUCCGCAGUUUUCCUUACACGUAAGUCGUGAUGUUGAACGUCGGCAACGUUAAUGCGUUCGGAAAGAGUUCGCGACAAGGGCGGAGCGAGGGGCAGCAGCAAGUCCGAGAUUUGAAAGAUUUACGGAGUAAGAGCGACGCCCAGCUCCUCGAAUUGCUCCAGAGACAGAGACACAUUCUCCUUCAAAAGAGUUUGAUGGCAAAGCUGGCUGACGGAGGCGAGAAAAUAAAAGGCCUGGUUAAUCGUAUUGAGGAGGAGCUGAAAUACAGGGACCUGAAGAACGCCGGUGCCCAGAAGGUAGAAGCCGAUUUUGGAGAAAGAAUCGAGUGGAACGUCAGCGAUGAGGAGGUGAAACCUGCGCUGCCGGAAAAAUCUUCUGAUCCUCUUUUAAAUUAUUUGAAGCAACAAAAAACAAAUAUGAAGAUUAUGGACCCGUUUGCGGAGCAAAUUUGUUCGAAAUAUGGCUCUCCAAAAGAACACGCUUCGGUAACUGACAGAUUUAUGCCUCACCGAAGUUCAGAGGCCAAAAGAAGACUUUCGCCACGCUCGGGAAGUAGUGUGGAAAAUCACAGCACGCAGGAAAUUCCUAUAAGAGACUCUUUGCUGCUGCAGAAACAAAUUAAUACAGAAUCUAAACUCCUCAAAGCAAACACGCAGCUUGCAUCGUGGAGGCAAUUGGCUGCUGUUAUUGAUAGUGAUGAAAGUGACGCUGAAGACGAAGAGCAAAGUGACGAAGAAGUAGACCCAGAAAUAAAGGCUGAAGAAGAAGACGCUCCAGAGCUACCUGAUCUCGACGAUGCUACAAUUUCAGAAAGAUGAAUUAAUUAUUUCUUUAUUUAUUACUUCGCAUCAAAAUCUCUUCGUCAUCUUUUCAUUUUCUUGUUCGCAAUAAAAAAUUGAUCGAUCAGACAAUAAGCUGUCAUAUUUUCCUUAAUGCUUGGAGAAGUAUAAAUGAACUCAAUGGAGUCUGGGGAAUAUUGGCAUAACAUUUUAAUUUUAUUGAAACAGUCUUUUGCGACUUGAAUAUUUUUAAUUCUUUGACAGGUCUCAAGCACGACUGGAAGAUAAUUAGUUGAGAGAUCAAUUUAUUUACCUAAUGAAAAAGCAUGGAUAUAAAUAAAUUCAUCGACAAUUUAAUCGUUAA